CCCGCGGACCCCCUCCCCGCUCCCCCCACUUUUAUACCCCUUAAACCGCCGCUUUUUGCCCCAAAGCAGCGGGGUUUUCCCUCAUAAAAGCGGCUUUUCCCCUCAAAACAGCGUUUUUCUACCCCAAAGCGUCUGAUUCUGCCCGAAACCGGCAUUUUUUUCCCUCAAACCGCUUGGUUUUACCUCAGAACUGAUUUUUCCUCUCAAAACACCUGGUUUUUACCCCAAACCGGCGGUUUUUCGCCUCAAAGCGAUGUGUUUUGCCUCAGAACUUAUCUUUUUGUCUCACAGAGGGGUUUUGCCUCAAAACAGCGGUUUUCUGCCCCAAAUCGGCAAUUUUUCGCCUCAGACCGGCGGGUUUCGCCUCAAAGCUGCCUUUUUUCGCCUCAAACCCGCCUUUUUUCGCCUCGGAGCCGCCGGUUUUUGGCCUCCAAGCGGCGCUUUUGGGCUCGGAGCGGCUCCUUCCCUUUGUUCCCUCAGGAUUCCCGGGCGCGGGAUCCGGGAUGAGCCGCCCGGGGCCCUUCCCGCCCAAACCCCGCCCUUGUACACCCAAAAUCCACCUUUUAUACGCAAAAUCUGCCUUUUUACACCCCAAAUCCACCUUUUCGCACCCAAAAUCUGCCUUUCACACCCAUAUCUGCCUUUUACCUCCAAAACUGGCCCUUUCUACGUGCCAAAUCUGCCUUUUUACACCCAAAACUGGGCCUUUUUCCACCCAAAAAUCCGCCUUUUUACGCCCAAAACUGCCCCUUUUACAUUGAAAAUUCCCCUUUUUACACCUCAAAUCUGUCUUUUUUAUCCCCUAAACCGCACCUUUUGCACCCAAAAUCUGCCUCUUCCACACCCAAAAUGUAUCUUUUUAUACUCAAAAUCUAUCCUUCUAAACCCAAAAUCCGCCUUUUCACACCCAAAAUCUGCCUUUUUACCUCCAAAACUACCCCUUUUCUGCUCAAAAUCUGCCCUUUUCUGCCCAAAUCUGCCCCUUUUGCUCCCAAAACUGCCCUUUUCACCCCAUAAAUCUGCCUUUGUUUUCCCCGUUCCCCAGUCCCCCCAUUUGGGAUCCCAGGUGCCCAUUUGGGGUCCUCUUGGCCCAGGUACCCCCUGUGCCCCCAGGAGCCCCCAGUUCCCUGGUUUGGGGUCUCAGGUGCCCUGUUUGGGACCCCAGGAGCCCCCAGUCCCCCCAUUUGGGGUCCCAGGUGCCCCGUUGGGAUCUCAGGUGCCCAUUUGGGACCCCGGGAGCCCCCAGUCCCCCUUUUAGGGUCCCAGGUGCCUGUUUGGGGUCCUA